CUAGAGUGAUCCAGUCUUUCAUCCGUUCUUUCGCUGACACGCAGAUAAUGUAGAAAUUAGUCCAGCCUGUUAGUCUCAUGACUGUUGUCCCACCUAUCCUCUGGUUUCGUAUUCCGAAUUUCUCAGCAUUUAUGUACGGGCCCCAACCUUACUCAUUCAUCCCAUCCCAAUUCUCCUCCUUCUUCUCCUUCCAACCUACCUCUCUCUUUUUUCUCUAUCAUCACUCCCUUUUUCUGUCAUCAUCUCCUUGUGAAGCAGAACGAAUACAAUUUGAUAGGAUAAACUGCAAGUCUUCGAUGCUUUAAAUCUGGGGGAAAAAAGGAAGGUUAUUUUAUGUCCGAUUAUGUCAAGGACUGCUAAUAAGCCAAGAUUUGUCAGCCAGCAAUUCCAGUAUGCCAUCUGCACACAUUUUCUUCCACCUCGGGAAAUGAGAUCUAACGGUUAUCUAUGUUCCACCAGAGAAGCUCACUGAUAGAAGUAUUUUCGUAUAGCACACAACACUGGGAAGAACGCACGUUGAUUGUAUACACAUUGCUUAGCAACGCAGCUCAAUUCACACGUCAUCACAUUUGUCACGUGGUCCUGCCAGUGCACUUCUGGGUUUCGGACGGCUAGCAGAUCUCACACACUGAUUUGGACUCCAGAAAAUGGAGCAAGAAUGAGAGGGCAGAGGCAGAGGGAGAAGCAUGAACUGGUGUCUAUUCGAGUUACUUUCCUUCCUAUUUAUUUGGGAGCAGGUCACACUCCAGGAAUCAAUUCAACUUCAGCAACAUGCCUCUAAAGAGUUUGACUGGCUCAUUUCGGAUCGAGGUCCAUUCCAUCACUCACGGAAUUACCUGUCCUUUGUGGAGCGGCAUCGGCAGGGUUAUUCUACCAGAUACAAGAUCUACAGGGAGUUUGCUCGUUGGAAAGUGAGGAAUGUGGCAGUAGAUCGGAAGGAGCCUCUUCAAAGUCCCUUACCACUCAUGCCUGAGUUCCAGCGCAGUUUGAGACUUCUUGGGCGGAGGCCAACCUCUCAACAGAUCAUAGACACUAUAAUUAAGAAGUAUGGUACCCACCUUCUGGUCUCUGCUACACUUGGCGGUGAGGAAGCACUGACUAUGUACAUGGACAAAAGUCGCCUAGACAGACAUUCAGGCAGUGAAAAUCAAAGUAUGGAGUCUCUGUAUCAUCUGGCAUCAUCUUAUUUUGUGGACAGAGAUGGAACAAUGAGGAAACUUCAUGAAAUUCAGAUAUCAACUGGCGCCAUUAAGGCCACAGAGACACGUACAGGACCAUUAGGGUGUAGCAGCUAUGAAAAUCUGGAUUCAGUUAGUGCAGUGCUUCUUCAGAGCACAGAGAGCAAGCUGCAUCUUAUGGGUCUACAGAUCCUUGUUCCUCACUACUUGCAGGAGAAGUUUGUUCAGUCUGCUUUGAGUUACAUCAUGUGUAAUGGGGAGGGGGAAUACAUAUGCAGGAACAAUCAAUGCUCCUGCUUGUGCUUUGAAUCCAACCCUGAGUGUAACUGUCCUAUCACCGACAUCCAGAUCACGGAAAACGCACUGAAUAACCAGGGCAAGGCCUGGGCACAGGCUUACAGAGACUUUGAGAUCUCAGAUGAAUUUAAAUCUUUCAUGAAACACUUACCCAGCAAUCACUUUUUAAGCAUUGGAGCAAUUCAUCAGCGGUGGGGCAAUGACUGGGAAUUGCAAGGACGUUACAAAUUGUUACAAAACACUUUUGAAAUACAGCAGCAGAAAAUGCAGCGGACAGCACGAAAACUCUUUGGACUCAGCCUUCGCUGUCGGCAUAAUCCUAACCAUCAGUUACCCAAAGAGAGGUCAAUUCAACAGUGGCUCUCUCAUGUGCAGUCGCUUCUUUAUUGUAAUGAAAAUGGCUUUUGGGGCACCUUCUUGGAAAGUCAACGUUGUUGUGUAUGCCAUGGAGGCAACACUCUUUGUCAGAGGCCCAUCCCUUGCAUCAUCGGAGGAAAUCAGAGCUGUGCUAUGUGCAGCAUGACUAAUAUCUCCCUGUGUGGUUCAUGUAACAAAGGCUUUAAGCUGUACAGGGGUCGCUGUGAGGCACAAAAUGUGGACUCUGAGCGUAGUGAGCAAUUCAUGAGCCUUGAAACAGAGCUUGAUUUCCAAGAUCAAGAGCUUCAUUAUUUACUGCAAAAAAUGGAUUCCCGGCUUCAUGUUCAUACCACCUUCAUCAGUAAUGAAAUUCGGUUAGAUACAUUUUUUGACCCACGUUGGAGAAAAAGGAUGUCCCUCACCUUAAAGAGCAACAAAAACAGGGUGGAGUUCAUUCACAUGGUCAUUGGAAUGUCCAUGCGCAUCUGCCAAGCCCGAAACACAACUCUUGACCCCAGCUUUUUUGUCUAUGUCAAUCCAUUCAGUGGGAGUCACUCAGAAGGUUGGAGUAUGCCUUUUGGAGAAUAUGGCUAUCCAAAAUGGGAAAAGAUACGACUGCAGAACAGCCAGUGUUUCAACUGGACCCUGAUGUUAGGCAACCGCUGGAAAACAUUUUUUGAGACUGUGCACAUAUAUCUAAGGAGCCGCACACGUCUGCCCUCAAUCAUGCGAAAUGAGACCGGCCAUGGGCCUAUUGAUCUCUCUGACCCUUCAAAACGUCAGUUCUAUAUAAAAAUUUCUGAGGUCCAAUUGUAUGGAUAUAGCCUAAGAUUUAAUCCAGACCUUCUACGUAGUGCAGUUCAGCAAGUCAAUCAGUCAUAUUCCCAAAGUGGUCAGUUUUAUUCCUCCUCCUCUGUUAUGCUGCUUAUGCUGGAUAUCCGGGAGCGCAUCAAUCGCCUUGCCCCACCAGCUGGGCCUGGGAAGCCACAGCUGGACCUCUUUACCUGUAUGCUGAAGCACCGUUUGAAGUUGACCAACAGUGAGAUCAUUCGAAUUAACCAUGCUCUGGACAUGUAUAACACUGAAGUUCUAAAGCAGACCGAUCAUAUGAAACUUAAAUUAUGUUAACUUCUACUCUAAAUACUUCUAGAGACCAUUCUUGUAAUGUUUAUUUUGAAACUAUACUUGACCAAUUUCCUUAGGAAUUUCUAGAAUUUACCAACUGAAUCAAUGUGGUAACUACUAUUAAUCCUGACUUUAAUUUAUGCUGCAUUAUAUAAAACAUAUUUACUAUUCCAAAAAUCUUUAGAUUUUAGUAACUUUCAAGUAAAAUGACAAGCCAUGGCCUUUUGUGUUGUAAUUACAAUGGCCCCUUAAAUUGCCUAGUAUGAAUGCAUCUUAAACUCCUAAACUUCUGUGAUAAAGAGUAUGCCCACACUGCUAAUUUGACUUUUUGUUAUGCUCGACAGACCACUGGUUUACUCUAUUGUUGUUUAUGUAUUAUUGUAGCUAGUCUUGUGGAGUGUGGUGCUGCAGGAUUAGUUAUAGAUAUGAAAUUACGGUAUCUUAAAGUGUGUUAUUUUUUUAUUUUGACUUACAUUUUGGCUUCCACUUGCGCUUUCCUGUUUUGUAAAGUAGAUAUUUAAAAGUAUGCAAAUGUAAACAAAUUGUUAUAAUAAGAUGUAGUUAUUAGAGAUACCAUUUCUUUGCUAAGGAAUUAUUCAUCAACUUAUGCAAUUUUGAGUAUCACAUGGAGUGACAGGUCAUCAAACUAUAGUCAUCUGUCCUUGAUACAGUGGCAGGAUUAUUUAGUAAAGUUGGAAUUCAUGAUGAAUAAAGUGAUUCUGAAAUUUAAGGCCAGAGUAGCUGAACUGAAAGCAUAGCUGACGUAUAGAAUCUUUCCAUUUCGCUCUUCUAACCUUAAAUUUGAAAUUUGCUUUGAAUUCUCACUUUAGUAAAUAACUCUGAAAGUGAUAUUUGACUAUACAAUUGCACACAGUUGUGGCUAUGUCAUCCUUGUUGUAACCAACAUUUUCACUGUAUAUAGCACCUUAUGAUAGAUCUUGGGUCUGAUGGUUCUUGGCAGUAGGAUACAUUAAAUAAAUAGAAAAAUGCACUUGAUUUCUACAUGAUAAAUAUAAAGUGAAAAGUGGUUGAAUUUCAAAUUAUAACAUAUUUUUUAUUUUUUAACUACAUAAUACUUUUUUAUAAAUAUAUCAACUUCCCUCAACAUUUCAUGAAAAUAUUCUGUUUGCUUUCUUUGCUGGUUUUAUCUGAUGUAAUGUGCAAUUUACUGCACACAAAAAUCACUUGUUUUAAUUAUAACAUGUCUCAAAGUUCGUCCCAUUUUACCUUACUGUAUUUUGAUGUAUUUGAUGCACAUAACCAUUCCAAAUUAUAGGAUAAUUUAUU